AUGGAGCCAUCUCUCAGCAUUAGCUCGGCCGCAUUGUUGCUGCUCUCGGCCUUUCGGCUCGAUGGAGGCUGGAGCACUCGCUUGCGACGGAGCUCUGGAUCCGCACCGCGCACCGAGUGGGAAGUGAACUUGCCGGGAAGCCAUAGAUCCCUGGAACUGGCAAGCGGAAGGGAAGGCGGCAUGUGUUGGGCGGCGAUGAUGGCACAAUGGCUCGAUAAUCUGCACGGGUCAGACAGAUCGUGUGGGGUUUUGGGUUCGUUUCGACCUUCGUCCGAUGUCCAACCUCACUUCUCUCGGGACGAAUUGCUGGAGUUGUUGAGGAACGACUGGAGGCGUCUUUGUAUCGGAUACCUAGUCAAGCAUACACAGGGUUCGUUUUGGUUUUAUCUUGUCGAACCUGGUCAGAUGGAAUAUUGCCACGGUAAUCUUUUUUUGAAACUCGAGUACGAUUCACAGCCACAGAAGGCAAGAUUAGACGAGCCUCAUUCGUAUUUGCCAGUGACCGGCGCUGCUUGUUUUUGA